CGCUUUGUUUCUAGAAUCCUUACACUAUCCGUAUUAUUUGUGUCCUGUGAAAGUGGGGUUGGUGAGGGUUGUAAGGUUUGAUAAAAUGUAAUUUUCUUGCCCAUGAAGGGAAGAAUAAAUAUUCUGUGUUUCUAAGUGCAGCAGGAAGGAACUGUCGAGGGUGAUUUCAUUGCUGCGAGUUUAGUGGAGACUUAUUAAGUACAACACUGCCCAUGCUGUGACUUUUCGUAAAGGAAGGUUGGGUCACUCUUAUCAAUGGCACAUGAGAUGUAGGCCUUCAUACACUCUGUCGCUUUCGGUGGCGCGCGUGUUGCUGAAGGGGAGCCGGCGCUUCUCAUCGCGGCGGACGCGUCGAUCGCCACUUUCCGGAGUCACUUCGCCCUCGACGCUUGGUUGCUCCUAGGUUGUGUAGUACAGCAGUUAGUUAAGUGUUGUGCUAGUACAGAAUUCUGAAAAGAACGCUAUUAUGCCGUGUGUCAGUGCGUGUACAAGUCUCGACCUUUGGGAGUGAAAUGCUGGUCUUCUGUGUGGACGGCCCUCGUGCCAUGUUGGUCAUCUUGGCGCUGUGGCUGGCCGAGUUUGGAGUUGCGGUCACAUCGUCAAAUGUGGCUUGGCAAGAGAAUGUUCGCCCCAAGAUGUACGUCCAGUUAGGCGCAGAGGACGUGUAUCGCUUCGCGGGCAACGAGUCAUACGUGGACUACUUUCGUUUGGUGCUACGCGAAGGGAACUCUCUUCUGAUUGGCGGACGGAACUUGGUGUACAAUCUAAGCCUCACGGAUCUGUCAGAAAAUCAGAGACUUACGUGGUUUUCGCACGAGAAUGACGUCAAAAUGUGCAUCGUUAAAGGCAAAGACGAGGAGAACUGUCAGAAUUACAUUCGUAUUCUGGCACACACCGCACCGGGCAAGUUACUGAUCUGUGGAACCAACUCCUUCAAGCCAGUGUGUAGAGAUUACUCCGUGCAGAACGACGGAUACGUCAUGGACAAAGAAAAACAUGGUCAGGCGCUGUGCCCAUACGACCCGCAGCACAACAGCACUGCAGUCUUCGUUGAUGGCGACCUCUACACGGGCACCGUGGCUGACUUCUCAGGGAUGGAUCCCAUCAUCUACCGAGAGUCCCUCCAGACGGAACAGUAUGACUCAAUGAGCCUGAACGCUCCAAAUUUUGUGAGUUCCAUGACACAAGGCGACUUCGUGUAUUUCUUCUUUCGCGAGACGGCGGUGGAAUACAUCAACUGCGGGAAGGCUGUGUAUUCCCGCGUGGCCCGUGUCUGCAAGCACGACCGUGGAGGACCUCACCGCUUCCGAAACCGCUGGACGUCCUUCCUAAAGUCUCGCCUCAACUGCUCGGUGACAGGGGACUUCCCCUUCUACUUCAACGAGAUACAAUCAACUACUGAACUGAUUGAGGGUAUGUAUGGGUCCGUGAGAGCUCAGCUCAUCUAUGGGGUGUUUACGACGCCUCCCAACAGCAUCAGUGGCUCAGCAGUCUGUGCAUUUGCACUUCAGGACAUUACAGACACAUUUGAGGGCAACUUCAAGGAACAAGCACAACUAAAUUCCAAUUGGUUGCCAGUCCAGAGUGCCAAGGUAGUUCCUGAUCCCAGGCCAGGACAGUGUGUCAAUGAUUCUCGGACUCUGCCAGAUCUCACUCUUAAUUUCAUCAAGACACAUUCAUUGAUGGAUGAAUCUGUGCCUUCAUUUUUCCAUCAGCCGAUUGUCAUCCGCACCAGUUUUCAUUACCGCUUUACUCAGAUUGCUGUCGAUCCACAGAUUAAGACUCCCGGUGGCAAAGCAUAUGAUGUGCUGUUUAUAGGAACAGACAAUGGUAAAGUGAUCAAGGCAGUAAAUGCCGGUUCUGCUGACACAAUGGAACAAGUUAGCCCAGUGGUUAUUGAAGAAAUUCAAGUGUUCCCAUCCCAAGUAGCUGUGCGUAAUUUGAAGGUUAUAAGAGAUGCCAAUUUGCCAGAGGGUCGCCUAGUGGUGGUUGCUGAUGGUGAGGUGCAAGCCUUGCGUUUACACCGAUGCUACAGUGACAAGAUACUGUCUUGCAGUGAGUGUGUUGCCUUGCAAGACCCAUACUGUGCAUGGGACAAGCAGAACCAGAAGUGUAGAGCUGUGGGCGCUCCACGUUGGAAUGAUGAAAAAUACUUUCAUCAGAGCAUUGCAACAGGGGUCCAUUCAGCUUGUCCUGCAAAUAAGCUCAUAGGAAAGGAUGCAGGAAGUGUAGGUGGACUUUCUUCCACUUACCCCAAGACUUUUAACCAGGACACAGGACAUGUGAGCAAGGAUGUCCUCGGUGGAGAAGUCAUUAACAUAAUGCAAGACCAAGAAGAACAUAGUGGCCCAGAAGUGAGUGCAGCAGACAGUCCUGUAUCACAGUUUUCAACUGAAACGGUGGUUGCAAUAGCCGUGGCAAGCGCUUUUAUUGCCCUUCUUCUAGGCUUCCUCGGAGGGUAUGUGUGUGGCCGAAAAUGUCACAAAGAAGAGGAGGACAAUUUACCGUAUCCAGACACUGAAUAUGAAUAUUUUGAACAACGACAGACUGUUAACAGCCGCCUAGCUCCUGAGCCUAAGCUUCUACCCCAGGAGGAGGUAACGUAUGCAGAGCCUGUUUUAGUACCUGCUCCUGGUCCCAACAAGCUUAAUUCUCCAAAAAGCACAUUAAGGAAAGCUCAUAAUGCUAACCAUGCUGCUGAGACGUUAUUCCAGUUCUCUGACAAUUACACGCCUCCACCUCGGGAUCCAUAUGCACAUCAGCGCGGUCGUGACAACUUUGGUACACUGCGCUCUCAUCAAGGAGAUGGAUACCGUAGUGGCCGUGCACCCCCAGGCUCGGGGAUCGUCAGCGAUGGCUUUGGCACUGCUCGCAGUGCCAAGAAGGUGUACCUCUGAGAGGCAGGGGAGGAAGGGAGGGGGCAUCGUAGCCUGACACGCCCACCACGAAACCGGGCAGGCACCGGGGGGGCGAGGCACAGACAGCAGGCAGGGAGUGGAGCUGGGACGUUGGGUGGUUCACAUCCUCUGGCCACGGCCACACCCCCUUCCAGCUCAUCGUCGUCACCCUCACCCCCUUCCUCCUCCCCUUCUCCCCCUCUUGUCUCUAUGCAUUCCAUGACAAUGGGUGGUAGUCCACCACCGCCGUGCAGCUACAUAUACAGGACUUAGCACGCAAAAGAAUUUGCUCCCAAGAAUCUGGUCACAGUUAGGCCAUGGGCCAGUGCUUGGCUUCCAGCGUAUUGUAGCACUGGCUAGGUGGUGGAGAGAAGAAGGGAUUGCUGGAGGAGAGGCAAGUGUGAGAAUGUCCUUUGGUUGGAAUAUCAAGGGGUCAUUGUGGGUGCUGAACAAUUAUUCUAAGCUGUGGCAACGUGGAAGAUAUUUAUUAUACUGACACAUUGAUAAAACACAAAACAAUAAAUACAUAGUAUGACAUCAUUAGAAUGUGUGGUUAUGAAAGCUACAUGCAUUUUAAAUAUGAUAUUUUUUUUCUUUUAGCCAGCAGUUAUAAAUAAAAUUAAGAAUGAAAGCAGAUUACAUAUACUAAGGUACAGGAUCACUUUAGUUCAUAGUGGACUAUGAGAUAUGAGGUGGUUUAUCAUGAUUGUAGUUAAAAUGUGGUAUAGAAAGCAUUUCUCUUGAUGCAGGUAAGUAUAUUCAGAAUAUUUCAGCAUUGAUUUUUGCUUUUCUUAUUGGAAAAGGUGCCAGCUGAACAGCUAUAAUUUUCGUCAUUAUAUUAAUAUGCUCUUCUGUAGAUAAAUCAUCUUACUGUGCUUGUUUAUAAAGAGAUGCCUCUUUGUGUGAAUUUUUAAAAGAGGUUCCCUUUUGAAUUGGAAAGAUUUAUUUUAAAAAUGUAUUUUAUCCAGUUAGACAUCAGGUAGUCUAUUUCUCAAUUUAUAAGCUUGUGAAGGAAAUAUUUAUGAAUAUUAUUACUGUGCCCAGCUUAGUUUUGCUAAUGUGUAAAUAAUAUACAUACAAAGAUUGAAAUCAUUAAAUGAAAUAUUGGUGUUCUGGUAUUGAUAGAGUUGUGGUUGCACGUUUCUGGUUUUUAAUAGUGAGGGUGGAUACUUGGAAAAGACAGAAUACAGGCAGCUAAUUACAUUGACAGCAAGACUGAAAGAAGUCCACAUACCAGCCAACUAUGUCUUUAUUCAGAUACCCGAGUUGAUAGAUUGUCAGUAGUUCUUACAAACAGUACAAAUUUCACUAGGAGAAGAGAAAUGACACUUUUUUCAUCUCUGAGAAGUUCAAUUUAACAACUUCCCUGAAAACGAAGUGUGAAUGGGUUCAUGAACUGAGUGAUGUUUAGGAAUUGAGUGAUUGUUUCUUUUUGUACUCAGGCUUCGUACCAAAGAAAAAACAGCGUUGUUGUUACUCAUGUGCAUUAAGUGAUAAUGGUGUGAAAACUUCCUCACAUAUACACUGAGAGUCGUUCCAGCAGAUUCAACUUUGGAGGUGAAGGUACCUACAAUUCGUCCCCUAUUGUCAGACAUUUGAGUACAACAUGAAAUUACAAGCAGUGCAUUGAUUUAAAGAUGGAGAAGGCAAAGCAGUCAACAUCACUCUGGGGAAGUAAAAUUAUAAAGUUAUUGAAGAUAUUUCUCCUUAA